AUGGAGCGACGCCCACGUUCGAUCGAGCAGAUCGAAGUGAUCGAGCAUCGAAUCGUCGAAGAGGGACGACGGCCCGUCGGAUCAGGGAUUUCAACUGCCAUCUGUAACAGCAAGCGCCACAGCAACCGCUACAAAGCUUCGGUUCCAGAGAGGUUCCACUUGAGCGGAGGUAUGAGUUCAACUGGAGAACGAGAUGUCAGCCGUGAACCCUCGUUUCUGCACACCUCGGCCAACUUCGGCCAACACAUCGAACCACCUGCCAGCCGUCUCGAUACUUCUGGCAGUCGAUUGAAUACCUCUGGCCAGCGAGUCGAAUUUGCAGAUGUCUCAGGAGGCACAGCUGUCAAUAACUAUGGAUACGACGUACAUGAAAUACACACAUCAGAAAUUUUCCUUCUCAGAGGUUCAAAGAGAGGCAUCGUGUUAUCGCAUGCUGCACCAAGCUCUGAGCUUCGGAAAUGGGGAUUUUCGCAGCAGCGCUUUGGCUCCAGCAAGUCAUCUGAAGGCGGCUACAUGCGAAGACUCACAUCAAAU